UUGUUAAGCUCAGUGCCAUUGUACAAUUCAACACAGCAACAGUGUUAGCAAAAGCAUUUCCCAUUAGCAGCGGUAUGGAGAUCAACCUGUCAAGCAUCACCCUCCGUCCAUUCCGGCUAUCAGAUGUCGAUGAUCUCAUGACAUAUGCCGGUAACGAGCAGGUGACUCGAGAACUCCGAUGGAAGACUUUGACAUCCAAAGAGGAGGCUGUCACUUUCCUCAGAGAUGUUUGCAUCCCCCAUCCUUGGCGCCGGUCAAUAUGCAUCGAUGAUCGCUCGAUCGGCUUCAUAUCGGUCUUUCCAUGGUCAGGUGAUGAGAGUCACAAGGCUGAUAUCGGGUACGCUCUAUCCCCCAAGUACUGGGGACAAGGAAUAGCCACUGAUGCAGUGAAGACGGCAGUCCCUCAAGUGUUCAAGGACUUCCCCCACCUGCUUAGGUUGCAAGCUUUUGCAAAUUCAAAGAAUAAGGGCUCUCAGAGGGUUUUGGAGAAAGCUGGGUUUCAAAGGGAGGGUUUGUUGCGGAAAUAUGGAUACAUUAAGGGAGAAAUUAUUGAUUUGGUUGUUUAUAGUUUUCUAUCUACAGAUUAGACUGGUAGAACCGUAGAUGGUUCAGGAGUCUAGCAUUGAAUAAAUGGCAUGGUCUUCUGGAGAAGAAUGGGUGUUUAGUUUAGUUUGUGAUUUUGGUUGGUUUUGAGUGACUUUAGAGCUCAAGUAUCAUUCAUUGCUUUGCUUCUUCAAUCUUGGGGCACUGGGCAAACAUACCUCAUCAUGCCAAGGCUGCCAACACUUCCACAACCCACAUUACCCAAUUGAACGAUGCCGAAAACCACUCCACCGCCAAAAUGCCGAAUUGAACGAUACCAAAAAUACUCUAUGCCACCACCAAAACAACCUGAUUAAUGAAAACCUUAUUAAGAAGUCUAAACAAUCCAAGGAGUUGAGUCUUUUUAUGCAACUGUAUUAGUAACUCUAUAUCCAAAUGUCACCCAGAAAUCAAGGGCUCUUUUAUUUUUACCACUAACUAUAUGAUUAUAAGAGGGUGUGUGUAUUAGUAAAGGUAAUUUACUGUGUUGUUACUUUGGUUUUGUUGGUACCAAAAAAAAAACGGAGUAAAAAAGAAAGCGACCUGCUUCUUCCGUGUC